GUGGCCGUGAAGGCAGCAGCAGAAAGUUCUGGCUGUGCAGAUUUUACACAGCUGGAGGCUGCCGGGGAGCCUUUAUGAUCUCAUGCAAAUGUUUCGCUUCACGUAGCGAGCCUGAAGUCCUGUUUUUAACCAAGCGGAGCGGUGAUGAGCGCUUUUUAAAAGUUUACUCAGAAUUUAAAAUGUGUGUUUUUCCUCCCCCGCAUUUAUUGACGCGUCUCAGAGGAUAAAUGUUUGUACUGCAGCGCUUCUUGUUAAUCAUUGAUUCCGAUGAAUCAACAAGACAUCGCAGUUCGUCUCGGGGUGAGUGACUUUUCCUCGUAUUUUUUCCUCCUCCGACGAGCGGCCGCCGCAGCUGCCAGGUAGAGAAGAUGGGGUCGGCGGGUCGCCUGUGCUGGCCGCUGCUCGUAUUGUUUCUGCUGGGGUUUCGUCACUCCGCCGGCUUCUGGAUCGUCAACGUCGUUUUCCCUCCCAGCACCAAACCCAAAGUACCGAGCAACAUCACUUCGCCGCUCAUUAUCGUACCGGGGAACUUGGGCAACCGUCUUGAAGCCAAAAUAAACAAACCAACACUGGUUCACUGGUUCUGCUACAAGAAAACUGAAAACUGGUUUCCUCUGUGGAUCGACCUCAACAUGUUCAUGCCAAUAGGUGUGGACUGCUGGAUAGAUAACAUCAGACUUGUUUACAACAGGACAACACGGCGCUCCGCCAACUCACCAGGGGUGGAGGUACGAGUGCCGGGUUUUGGGGAGACCUACUCCAUAGAGUUUCUUGACUACAACAAACUGGCCGGUUAUUUUUACACUAUGGUGCAACAUUUGGUCAACAUCGGCUACGUUCGGAAUGAGACGGUCCGUGGAGCUCCGUACGACUGGAGAUUAGCGCCAAAUGAGAAUGAAGCCUAUUUUAUAAAGAUGCAGGACAUGGUUGAAGAGAUGUACAACCAGUACCAGAAACCAGUUUACCUCCUGGGACAUAGCAUGGGCUGCCACUACGUCCUCUACUUCCUCAACCACCAGCCGCAGGCCUGGAAGGACAAGUACAUCCGGGGUUUUAUUUCCCUGGGAGCUCCAUGGGGGGGUGCUGUUAAAGUGCUCAGAGUCCUGGCCUCAGGUGAAAAUGACGGCAUCCCGAUGAUUUCCAACAUCAAGAUCCGUGAGGAGCAGAGGAUGAUGACCACUAAUCCCUGGUUGCUGCCAGCAGAAGACGUUUGGCCAGAGGACCAUGUUUUCAUCUCCACUCCAGCCUUUAACUACACCCAUCGGGACUACAAGCGUUUUUUCACAGACAUCAGCUUCGAGGAUGGCUGGCAUAUGUGGAAGGACACCAAGAACCUCACCAGUGCUCUCCACCCGCCCGGCGUAGAGGUGUGGUGCAUGUACGGCGUCGGGCUUCCGACGCCUGUAACCCACAUUUAUGAUGAGGAGUUCCCAGACGGUGACCCGGUGGACUUUGUUUACGCAGACGGAGAUGACACGGUGGACAGUUUAAGCAUGGGGCUGUGCAAGCGCUGGGUGGGGCAGCAGGAGAAGCCCGUCCACGUGACGGAGUACAGGGGUCUGGCCCACCUGGACAUGGUGUUCCACGAAAAGGUGCUCAAUCAGAUGCAGCAAAUCCUGGAGGGUAAAUCCGAUGUGCCCAAAGAGGUUGACAUCCGGUUGGAUGUUAAAUAACAGACAUCACAGUGCUGUGAUUGAUAUGAAGUGCUGGAUUCCUCUGUUUAAAUGUAAAAACAAGCAUAUGUUAGGUCACUAUGUUCAGCUGUAAAUCCUUCUGGACUGGAGGAGUCUGACUCUGUCCCCCUCAUUUAAACUGCUGUUUUUUUUCAUGUCUCUACAGUGUGAACCUUUUUAGAUUCUGCAUCAAAUCAGUGUUAUUUUUAAAGCAUAUAUUCAAGCAACUCGGAAGUGACAGCUAUUUUUAGUAUGUAUGUUUUCUUAAGGGUUUAUAUUUUUGUAGAAUUCAGAGAUAACGUUCACUAAAUUUGGUAGUUCAGUUUAAAGUUUAGACAACUUCAGAGUAUUUUGUUUUUUUGUUCCUCUGACCCUUUGAAGCUUUAAAAGAGAACAUUUGACACCUAAAAUUCACUUUUGACUUUGCAUAAGAUGUUGUUUUUAGAUUUUGACAAGAACAAAGGUUUCACAUGUACCAAACUGAGUCCAAUGAUUAUCCAAUGUAGUCCAGGUUUAAAGGCACCUAUCACAGGUUAGAAAAUGUGAUAGAAAUGUAGAUUUUCUGUACAGUAGCUUUUAAUGGACUUGACUUGAUCACUACAGUGCACUUGACAAAUAUUGGCAUCCCUUGUGAAGAUUUUUAUGUUUAUUUAUGUAGCGCCAAUUCAAAACAUUCACAAGGCACUUUUGCAUCACAAGGCACAAAGUCAAUUCAAUCGAAUCAGACAGAUUCAAUGUCCAGCACAUACUUUACUAUUGAUCCCAGUUAUCAAACAGUGCAGUCAAAUUCAUUUUCUUUUUUAAAGGGGUUAAAAAGUUUUCUAUCUAAGGAAACUCAGCAGAGUGCAUCGAGUCAGUGACUCGCAGCAUUCACGCCUCCUGGACGAGCAUGUAGCAACCGUGGAGUUCAAAAACCUUAAAACGCAUUUAUUUUAUGGAAACUUGGAGACAAGUUAUCACUCCUUGCUGCAGUCCUUUAAUGGUGAGUUUUGGAGAGUUUCUUUUAACUUGACUUACCAGGAUACAAACUGUGAGUUAUGGUAAGAAAGACAGUUCUUUGUCAAGCCUUGUUUGUCACAGUUCCAGUUGUUUUGAACUUUUUAAAUCAUGAGUCUGACCACAGAUAUGGGCAGUAUCAACUGAGUAACUAUUCUAUCAAUUUUCUGACUCUUUUUUAGAUGAACACACCUAACUAAAAUAUCAUGUUCUCUUGUCUUACCCAUUUUAAAAAGUGGCCCUAAGGAAUUGGCCCCAACAACUUAGAAAAAAUUAAAGCAUAAUUAGGAGAAAAUAAUAUGAUGCAUGAAGUUUAUAGAAAUUGUUUGGAAUUCAUUUUUGUUAAAAGCAUUUAUUUCUUAAUGUGGAUGUAUUUUUCACUACCAGACCGUAAAUGUUUUAAACUUAUGAUCCUGCAGUGAAAGAUUAAUAUAAAGCUAAUUUAAAGCAUUUUAUGGGUGCCAUUCCAUGUGGAGGCAAAUGUUCCCUCAAAGAUAAUAACAAUUAAACCACCAGCAGGAGUGUUCUAAUUUGCAUGUUAUUUGCUCUAUAUGCAGAUAAAAAAUUGGUACUUAGAUGAUUGAUUUGCAAGGAGCAGACAUGUCUAGAAUAGCCACCAGAGGGCAUAAGUGGUUGCGUCAGGAAUGCAGAAAAGCGUUGCAAGCAGUUGCUGGCGUGUCUGACAGCCAGACUAAAGACAGAGAGGACUACUUAAAGAUGCUUUUCACAGAGUUAGAUUAGGGUGGUACAAACUGGGGUAUGUUCUUUAAAACAUGGCGCAGGAUUACCAACUCUGGAAGACCCAGCACUUCAGAGAACAUCUCCUACCCUGGCAACUACCCUCUAUUUCCCUAUCUCCUCUACUGCAUAUCUUUUGUCGCUCUUCCCUCUAUACCUGCACUCUAUUUCUACAUCAUCACCUCUGACAGAGCCUGAGUAGUGGUCUUCCUUGUUGUUAACUUUGAUAUUAACUGCAUUGUUAUAUCAUCAUUUGUCAAUUGCUUAGGAUAAAAAUGCCUGCCAAUGCAUAAACAUAAACAAUGUUUGUCGCUCACCUCAUGAUCCCAUGGGUUGCAACAUGGAGGCAUUGGGACAUUUGUUCGUGACACAUGUUGGAUGUUUACACUAUAUUAUCACCUAGAUGGUUACAAAACCCCACACUUUUAAACUCAAAAUGUAAGAGUAGACUGUAGUCAUUAAUAAAUGGCCUGCACUUGUAUAGUGCUUUAUGAA